AUGUCAGUCUCGGUUUUGCUGUGGGUCACUUUAUUUCGUCUUCUUCAGGGAGUUGCUGCCACCGGCAGCACCUCCAGGCGGGAGCCCAACGGUGCCUUUUCGGAUCCACCAAAACAAAUCGCUUUUACUGUGUGUGUCGUAGCGUCCAUAGCAGGAGUUCUCGCAGUUGGGGUGUGCGCCUUAGUAGCCGGCAGGCAGAAGAAGACUUCGGAUGACCCCGAGCUAGGAUCUGCGGUCACAACAACCAAUGACAACACACGUCCAUCAGACCAAUCUGCGAAUACCGAGCCAUCCUCUCGAGCAUCCGGCGAUCUCCAAAGGCGGACACCGUCGACCGGAAUCCUGGUACCCGAUACGGACACCCCAAGGAGCCGUUCUUCACGGUCCCGCCGAUCACGGAUAUCGUUCAUACCAACAAGCCUUGAGUCGAUCCCAGAACACGAGCAAUGGCAGUUUUGCUUCUGUAGCGAUAGCGGCGACGAUGAUGACACUUCGCCCCCUCCAGGUAGCUUUCACUCUUGGUACCUGGAUUACCGAUGCCGAAUACUCUUGAGAAAAAUUUCUAUAAUGGCCGGACACACCGGAAAUCACGGUGAAGCAAGGCCAUCUGCCUCGCUUCCCCACGAGGAAGAUACCACAACUCUCCAUGACUUCGUCAACGUGAGCCGAAGACGAGUCCAUUCAGCACUUAAGCGGAGAAGGGGUCCUAUCCGCCAUCAUGACACAGGACCCAUAGCUUCAGCUAACAUUAAUGAGCAACCCACACACCUCGACCAAGUUCCACCAUCCAUCCUACGACGUGGUGAUCGUGCAGAACCUUCCGUAGCUGAGCAGCCAGCGGACAAGUCCAAAUCCGCUACGGCUAUAAAGCGAACUGCCUAA